UAUACGGAUGCGUUGAGAAUAUUAACGUUAAAUUUAGUAAAAGUGUGAACUAAUGAGCGAUUGAUUGCAUAAUUAGUUUGUAAUACAAAUGUUGUGAUCGUUUGACAUAUCGGGUGAAGAGAUGUCCAAAAGUGGUUCAAAGCCGAGGGAUGUGUUUGUCUUCGAGAGAGUCGAGACAUUGAAAGCAAAUGAAUCCAAAUAUAUUAAACCCCAUAGAAUUCACUAUAAAAUGAACGGGAAGGAUCUGAUCUGGGAUUGCAUGAAAAUACACGACAGUGUCGCAAUCCUUGUAUAUAACCGGUCGUCAAAGAAGUUGGUAUUCGUGCGACAGUUGCGUCCGGCGAUAGUCUUCGCGCAAUUGUGUCAAAGUAUUGAUUCAAUUGAUUUGAAUGUCUUCUCCAAAGAAAACAUUCAUAAAGUGAACCAAAUGUUUGAAAAGAAUCCAAACUUUGGAUACACUCUUGAACUCUGUGCCGGAAUUCUUGAUAAACAGGGAAAAACGCCACAAGAAGUGGCCAAAGAAGAGAUCGCGGAGGAGAUCGGAUAUGUAGUGGAUUUGAAAGAUGAAACCCCGAAAGGAAAGGGCGGCGGAAUUGACGACGAGUCCAUUGAAGUGAUUGAACUCGGUAUAGAAGAAGUGCGCCAAUUGUUGUAUUGCGAUGACACCACUUCUGCCAUUUCCCGGCCAACCGCUAUGUUGUUUGCCUUGAGUUGGUUUCUAUACCAACAUUUACCCACAAUUUCAUGAUAACAAUCGUUGAAUUAAUGAUUUUAUUUUAAAUUUUAUUUUCACCUAAACUUUAUAAUUAAAUAACGAUUUCACAGUUAGGGUUAACGUCUGUGAAUAAAAUGAUCAGUAAAUCAAUGAA